CCAUUACUUUGUUUAAUAUUUUCAUUUUUUGGUCAUAUUAUAUAGUAUUAUAGUUGUUUACUACCUAAAUACUAAAUAGUAAAUAGUAUCAAAAUUCAAAAUUAGACCUCUAUAUUACUUAAAAAUUCAAUCGUUCAUAAUCACAGAAUCCAGAUUUGAUAAUAACAAUACUUUUCACCAGUAACCGUCAAUUGAUAGUCAAUUAAAAGUUAAAAAACAGUGUGAAUGGUGAUAAAUUAUAAUAUCAUAUCGUAAAUUCAUAAUCAAUGAUUUAUUAAAGUAUUAUUUUAAUUGAACACUAAGAAAUUCGUCGUCUUUUAGAUAAUAAUUAUAAUAUUAUUAGUUACAACAGAUAAAAUCAAUAUUAUAAUUUAUAACAUAUUUUUCAAAAAAUCAUAGUAUUCAAAAUGUUAAAAAAAAUGAUUGUAUCAAAUAACCGAAUGUAUCGACAUAUGUCUGAUUUUGUAACUCAAUAUAAUGAAAAUCAUAUAUCCACCACACCGUUCCAAAAGUUAUUAUUAUCAGUCGGUUCUGCUACUGUUUCAUUGUUUGAUCCUCAAAGAGCAGAUAUGAUUGCCACUAUGGGAGAAACAACUGGAACAUUUGCGUUGAAGUAUAUGAGAGAUAAAAUGAUUUCUAAUCCUGAAGGCAACGAAAUAUUACAAUUACAGCCACGAAUUAACACUUCAACAGUUGAUCUUGAUAAGUUAAAAUGUAUGCCAGAAAAUACUCUCGGAUAUGCUUACUUUCAAUUUUUAAAUCAUAAUAAAGUAACUCCAGACUCCCGAGGAUCAGUACAAUUUGUUGAUGAUGUUCAAUUAGCAUAUGUGAUGCAGAGAUAUAGAGAAGUACAUGAUUUAUUUCAUACAGUGUUGGGAAUGCCUACAAAUAUGUUAGGAGAAGUAACAGUAAAAUGGAUUGAAGCAUUUCAAACUAAGUUACCAAUGACUUUGAGUGGAGGUCUUUUUGGAGCUAUACGACUUAAACCAAAGCAAAGAGAACAGUAUGUUCAACAUUAUUUACCAUGGGCCAUUCAAACAGGACUAAACAGUAAUUUCAUGUUAAAUAUUUAUUUUGAAAAAAGAUGGGAACAACCAAUAGAAGAACUACAUAAAGAAUUAAAUAUAAAACCUUUAGAAAUAAUUAAUUUAAAAUAAAAACUGUUGCUAUGUGCUGAAGUUGAGCCAUGGGAAUUUGUUCUGUUUUUGUUGAUUUUAUUGUAUUAGAAAUAAGUUGAAGUUUGAGAGACUCAUACUUGGACUAAAAUUUUAAAAAUAAUUCCAUAUUAAACUAAUAUUUUCAUUUUUCAUUCCCAUUAUUUAAUAGGUAUUCAAUUUGCUUCUUUUAAUCAUAAUGUUUAUCUAAUACUAUAUUUUAUAUGUUAAACCAUACUACUAUAUUUAAAGAUAUAUAUAUACAAUUGUCUAUAACUUAUUACUAAAUUUAAAUGUAUAAUUGUUUCCGUUAAAUCCUAUAAAUUAUAUUAACACUUAUAACUUGUUAUAACCAAACACAGAAUUUCUGACAAAAUAUUGUGUGACAAUAAGCAACCUGUUGAAUAAGAAGUUCAAUUUAUAUUUUUUUCUAAAAUAAAAUUCGAUUCUUUCUUUAUUAUAAAUAUAUGUAAAUAAUUAAUGUGAAA